CGGCGACAAUUUUGACCCAAAAACAUUUCCGCGCAAGAACGACAGUAACAACAGCAGCAGCAACAACAACAACAACAACAACAACUGCAACAUUUUCAUUGCUGUCGACAACGUUUUAUGACGGUCACAUAAUAACGUGUUGCGACAAAAAAAGAAAGAAGAGGCGGUAAAAGCCGGCAGGAGUCGAAGAGGAUGCAAAUUACGUGCCACAUGAGGCGCCAAAGCUUUUGAUUUGAUUGCAAUACGCGCUCAUUCGUCCAUUGGAGCAUUCGCUCUCAUUUGGUCGGUCUGGUCGGUUUGGUCGUGUUGGUCAUUUGAUCCGCUGAUCAUUUAACCAGUUGCUCAUUUGGCCAACGCGUGGGCUUAGCCUGAUUGAUUGACUGCGGGGGGCGAAGCUCACGUUGAUUGCCUCGUUUCGUGGGACAAUGAACAAAAAUUCGUCACUGCCCCUGGCUACCUUUCACACCAACAACAGCAGCAACAUCAACAGCAACAACAACAACAGCAGCAACAUCUCAACAAGAGCUGAAAACGUGGCUGGCAGCAGUUCGCGAAUUGGUCGCCCGAGCGGCUCAAAUAUGUGCUUCGCAGGCGGCGCCACAAAUGGCGCUCAGAGUGGCGCUGGCACUUCAGUCGGCAGUGGUGCGGGCACCAGCGGCUCAUCCGCAUCGAAGGCGGACAAGCAACGGGACGCCGGCGGCGGCCUCUGUGGCUGCCAAAAAGCGCCUAAAUCGCAUUGCAUAUCAGCGACAGGUGUUUUGCUAUUGGUAUUGCUCUACACGGCCAUGGGCUCCAUCAUAUUUGUAACGCUCGAAGGCGAACUGGAGGACGGGACAGCCCUAGAGACGGCUGUGGCCGCCUCCAAGCCCUAUCCGCGCACCGAGCUGGCGAAUGCCGAGAUACGUUCCAGAACCGUUGAUCGACUGUGGUCCAUAACCGAGGAUCUGAACAUACUUUACAAGGAGAACUGGACACGGCUGGCCGCCCAGGAGGUGCAACUGUUCCAGGACACGCUGCUGCGAGCGGUGCGCCAAUCGAAGGUCUAUCAGCCAGGCGGUGUGCAAAUGAAUGCACCGACGCACAAAUGGACCUACGCCUCGGCAUUUCUCUACUCCCUGACAUUAAUUACAACGAUAGGUGAGUAGAGCCACUGGGCACCGAGCGGGUCCCGGCUAGCGCCCCACCCCACCCGCUUGGCCCACCCUUCGCACAUUGUUCGUCUCUUGGUGUCACAGCUCACAAUCGACUGACUGUUGGGGAAUUUAUUAGCACUUCGACUACUGACGUUUUCCGUCUGCCAACUGCAGAGCUCUCGCUCU